AUUAUUAUUAUUAUUAUUAUUAUUAUUAUUAUUAUUACCCCCCUCACAGAGCUGCACUUUCCAGAGGAUUGAUGGUUAAACCACCGUGGGAAUUAUAGCUCUAUAAGGCAUCUCCUAACAGCUCUCAGCAUCCUUAACAAACUGCAGUUCCCAGGAUGCUUUAGGGGUAGUCAUGGAAUAAUAAUGCUAUAAAUAUAAGUUGAGGAUGUGGACUAAGUUUGUCAUGAUGCACAACCCCAUAUAUUUUGACAAUGAUAUCACUAAUUGGAAUAUUCUUUCACUUCAGGUCAAAUCUUCAAUGAGCUGGGUAAGGCAGAUGGCUUUUGAUGAGGCAAUGAUUGUUCUGAACUGAAGUAUUGUUUUCUAGUAUGUUAAUUGGGUCUAAAUCACUUUAUUCAAUUCUGGGUUGUUCACUUGUUUCAUAGAUGUUUCUCUGUUCUCUAUGAUUGAUAAAUUUUCUCUUCUGUUUGUAGAGGUUAGAAGAGCUCAGCAAUACGCAGGUAAGGAAACUGUCCUAAUUAGGCUUAAUGUAUGGAUGUGCAUACAUGACUCAAAUGUCAUCACUCAGUGACUUUUCACGUGGUCCUUUUUCAUAUGAAAACAUCACAGUAGCAAUGGAUUAAUUCAAUUUGUGCUUUCAUAGUUUUAAUGAAUUCUGAGGCAAUCAGAAUUCAACAUCGGGGCGGCUAAAACUGUCCUAUCCUUGCUCCAGUUGUAUGAAAGUGCAGAGCUGACAUGGACCAGAGAGGAAUGGAGCUAACAGAUUUCAUUAGGAUUGCACUUUGUAUUUGGCUGUCUGUAUAGGAAAGUCAGCACUGGAGCUCUUUCUCAUGUGUAUUAUUAUUAAUUAAUCUCAAAAGAGCCCAGGGCAGAAAACAGAUCCACAAUGUAAAAUUAAAAACAAAACAAAAACAUUCUGAAACAGGGGAAGGGGUGAUGACGACACCUCUACAGCCAUGUCUUCUUAUUGUACUGAGUUCCUACACAAAUGUGUUGGCAUUUCUAUAUAGACAAACAAAUUCAGUUUCUGUAUCCAAGUUGUGCAGUAACUAUAAUUGGUCAGCUAUGAAAUAAAAUGUGUUUUCUACAGCAGAUUGAAACAUCUACUACUCCUGAACUAAACAUGGUUUCCUUUCUCCCUCUGAUUGCUUCCCUUAUAGUUGCUGUCACUUUGGAUUCAUAUUAUAAACAUCCAGAAAUCAGCAUCAGUGAGGAUAAAGAAAGAGCCAGACUUCAAACUCUCCCCCCAGAGAAAGAAGAAACUGCUAUGGGAACUCGGAUUUUUGUGGGGAAAGAAGGUUAUGCUGCUGGGAAACACUACUGGGAGGUGGAGGUAGGAGAGAGGUUGGACUGGGAGCUGGGGGUGCUGACUCAGGCUGAAAGGGACAAAUUCCGAAAGAAAAAGGUUGCUAAGUCCUUUCAGGAAGGCUGCUGGGCUCUCAAAAGCAGCCAAGGAAAAUUCUUUUCCAGUCCAUGUGAGAAAGAGAUUGAAAAGAAGCAAAAUGUGUCUUAUUCAGUGAUUGGUUUGUUACUGGAUCAAGAAAAAUGGGAAAUCUCAUUUUAUAACUCCAGAGAUGCCUGUUUCCUUAUGGAUUCUAUCCCCAUUAAAUCCAGGGACAAAUUGUACCCAUUUUUAGAUUGUGGCAAUGCUUAAGAAUACAGUGGUCCAAAGUCGUUAAAGAAAAGCAAUGCUUCAGAAAACAGUGGUCCAAAGCCAUCAGAGAAAAGCAAUGCUUCAGAAAACAGUGGUCCAAAGCCAUCAGAGAAAAGCAAUGCUUCAGAAAACAGUGGUCCCAAGUCAUUAAAGAAAAGCAUUUCAAACUUUGUAAAGAAACACUUAUAGAAAAGAAGAGUUCUCAGGGAAGAACUGUUGGCAUGAAAUGCCCAGGCUUCACAAGGAUGGUAAAAUAAUGGAAACAGUACUAGCAUGAUUGAACUGAUGGAUAUUUUGCUUUGCUUUUGCCAUUUCUUUUUCUUUUAUUUGUUUUUAAAAACCACUGCUAUGGAUGUACAUUUACGGCACCAACUCAACCACCAUACUGUAUAUUUUCCUUCAUCUUUGUGUAUGAGCCUUUGUCAU